UGGUACUUAACGCCUGGCGUCUCGUCUCUGUUACAGGAGCUGUGCGAAUGUGUACACCGAGCUAACGAAUGAAAAACGAUAGAGAGGGACCCUGUGUCUAUCACCUCGCCAUACAGUCACCCAUUAAUCUGCAGUGAACUAAAGGAUAUCUCGUCCGAGGUCUCUGCUCAAGUUGAGGCGGGAUGGAUAUAUGCAGGAAAUUACGUUGAGGUCAUCAAAUUGAAUGAAAUCAAAAGAAAGACGAGAGGUCCCCACAUUUCAAGAGAAGAGGACAGCCUUAUUUGGAAAUCUUAUGGACGAAGAAAUGAGUCGCCAGACUGCCACCGCGCUGCCCACUGGAACGUCCAAGUGCCCCCCCUCCCAGCGCGUGCCCACCCUGUCGGGCACCACUGCCUCCAACAGUGACCUGGCCAGCCUGUUCGAGUGCCCGGUCUGCUUCGACUAUGUUCUACCCCCCAUCCUGCAGUGCCAGUCCGGACACCUGGUAUGCUCCAACUGCCGGCCCAAGCUCACCUGCUGCCCCACCUGCCGAGGCCCCCUGGGCUCAAUCAGGAACCUGGCCAUGGAGAAGGUGGCCAACUCUGUCCUCUUCCCCUGCAAGUACGCCUCAUCGGGCUGCGAAGUCACCCUGCCCCACACCGACAAGACGGAGCACGAAGAGCUGUGCGAGUUUCGGCCGUACUCCUGCCCCUGCCCCGGCGCCUCCUGCAAGUGGCAGGGCUCCUUGGACGCUGUCAUGCCUCAUCUGAUGCACCAGCACAAGUCCAUCACCACGCUGCAGGGGGAGGACAUUGUGUUCCUGGCCACAGACAUCAACCUGCCGGGCGCGGUGGACUGGGUGAUGAUGCAGUCCUGCUUCGGCUUCCACUUCAUGCUGGUGCUGGAGAAGCAGGAGAAGUACGACGGCCACCAGCAGUUCUUCGCCAUUGUGCAGCUCAUCGGGACUCGCAAGCAGGCGGAGAACUUUGCCUAUCGGCUGGAGCUCAACGGGCACCGGCGCCGCCUGACCUGGGAGGCCACGCCGCGCUCCAUCCAUGAGGGCAUCGCCACGGCCAUCAUGAACAGCGACUGCCUGGUGUUCGACACGUCCAUCGCACAGCUGUUCGCCGAGAACGGCAACCUGGGGAUCAACGUCACCAUCUCCAUGUGCUAAGAAACUUUCAAGAUAAGAGGUUCAAAAAGUUACAGAUUGUCCGGGGGGGGGGGGCAUUUAUUAGGGGGUCAGAUCCGUUGUGACCUGGCAGCGCCUCCCCUCCCCCCCUUCUCUGCCGCACCCCUUGAGACGUGAAACUGGACUGUCUGAUCAGGCAGCCGUGGAGGCCCAAGGGGUGGGGAUGGAUGGAUGGAUGAAUGGAUGGAUGGAUGGAUGGAUGGAUGGAUGGAUGGAGGAAUGCAUAAACACAAGGACAUAACUGUGUAGUGAUGGCUAUAGACUUCUAAACACACACACGCACAUAAACGUAUAUAUGUGAGACGCAUGCACGCACAUGCAGUCCUGCCCUCUCUUGGUCACAAAACAAGGACACAAACUGAUGAGCUGUUCGGUCAAACUCGUCAAGUGAUUUCCCACCACUCUUUCUUUAGUGUCCGUCUGUCUUCUCUACCCCUCCGUCAUCCUCAGACAUUUCAGACACUACAGCUCUCCGACCUUCACUCCGAGACGCCCCCGACUGUGCCCUGGCGGCUACACACUGAGGAAGGCUCAAGCUAUAUUUCAACGCCUGGAUUGAGCGCUCCACAACCGUGUCUGGGUUCCUCCACAGUGACUGUCUUCAUGUAAUAGCAAGCUCACACUGGAACCCAGAGCCCAGGAAGUUCCUUAUCGCAGAUUUGGGUAAUUUUCUCCACCUGUGUCUGGACGGCUGGAGCACCCGUAACCAUAGCCACCCAGUUAUGUCCAGGACUGCAGUCGGUCUACAGAACAUCCGUACAAGGCUCAUCUGGUCCACACAAGGCUAAAGAUUGUGCAUCGGACGCUCUUUAAAUAGUAGACUGUCGUUGUUGAUAGUUGUUAGAACAGACUCUGCUCUCAUACUGUAUGGAUUUAGGAAAGCCCUCAGCUACACCACCCCUGGAUAAAAAAGAAAAAA